CGGCCGCCGGCCCGGGACUUCCCGCCGCGCGUUCCGGCCGAGGGGGCGGAAGGGGGAGGCCCGGGCGUGGGAAAGUGCGAGGCCCGGGCGAGCCUCAGCGGCCUUGCGCCCCGGGCUCUGUCGGCGGCCCAGGCCUCCACCUGUCCCGGGAACCGGUUCCCACCGGGAACUGCGCGACCCGCCCGGAAUCGCGUGCGCGGGCGGGACGCGGGAGUGGUGCUAAGGGUUGGCCCCUUCUUAAGCUGAGCGUUGUGAAAGCGUGGGGAGGAGUGCUUCGUGUCCUGGGCCCAGGCUGGGGGCGGAAGGUGCCUGUGCCCGGGCGGGCGAGCACGUUUGGUGAUGUGUUUGUUGCUGGGUUGGCUCGCUCAAGCAAUGACAAAACACCACGACAGAGCACCCAUACGGUUAACUGAAACCUUGUCUCACGAUGACAAAUCCCGCCCUAUAUGAUGGUUCCUAGGUAAGACAGUUGGGCCUUAAGAGUCCACCAUGGCUUAUGGCUUGCCAAGAAAGAACACAGUGAAAACCAUUUUGAGGGGCAGUUGUUAUAAUGUACAGGAACCUUGGGAUCUUGCACUGCUUACAAAGACCUGGUACACAAACUUAGCCAACCUCAAGUUGCCUUUCUUGGAAGAAAUUACAUUUGGUAGUCCUAUAAAGCUCACAAAAUGUAAAACUGUUAAGGAUGGUCUGCUCCCUUCAGCAGAAUCCAUCAAAACUGAAAGGGAGUAUGAAAUGAAGCGCCUGACUAAGCUUAAAAGUGAAGAAAGUACCUCUGAGGAAGUUCAGUUAUCCCUAAGGGGAAGGGCAGCUGGUUUCAGAAGGCCUUUUCCACCGAAGUCCCAAGCACCUCAGAAUGGAGUCUGUGCUGUUCCCUGCAUCAGAGGGGAUGGAGGUCCUGAGCCUUACGCUGUUGCAAGUUCGGUGUCGUCCUAUGAGUACAUCGUGACCUGAUGGGUGUGCAGGUGCCACACACGUUGGCAGGUGGGAAGCUCUGACAGGUCUUCUGCAUUCCUGCCAGGGCUCUUUGCCUUUGUGUCACAAGCGACAGCACUGUAAGUAGAUGGAAGUGCCUCUGGAGAUGAGUCACUUACUCAUUUUUGAUUUUUGCAAACUUGCACUAAGCGAAAAGGAACCUCCUUGUUAGAGGCAUUAUUUUGAAGAAAUAUUUUGAAUCUGUCUUUGAGAUCCCAAGGAGGGACCAAAAAGAAAGCAAGGAGCAAUUCUCUUGACAAUGAUAAAUGCUGAAAAUUUUCAUUUGAUUAAGAAAAAUAACAGAGCAAGUCUUCAGUUUUCAAUUUUCAGUGAAACAUCACUGUGUUACUCUAAAGUAGCAAGUAGAACUUCCUUUGUUUUUGUUUUCCUUCUGCCUAAUUUCCUGUUUUUUCUCUGUGUGACCCUGGAACAUGUGGAACACGCAUACUUACGUAUGUGAAAGAGACAUGAACGUACAAAGAAAGUCUUAUUAUGAGAAAAACUGAUUUGCACAGAGGGGUUGGGGAAUGGGGAAAUUGAUUAACUAGAAAGUAUUGGAUUUGGAUGAACCAAUUUUUCUAGAUUGUGAAUCCAAUAAAGCAUAUUUGUAAAUUAAGGUUAUGUUUUAGCACAGUUUGCUAUUUAUGUAUUUUUAUUUUAUUUAUUUGAAAGAGUUACAGAGAGAGAGGGAAAGACAGAGAGAAAGAGAGAUCUUCCAUUCACUGGUUUACUUCCCAAAAGACCACAACUGCUGGGCCUGGGCCAGGCCAAAGCCAGAAGCAUGGAACGUCUUCCAGGUCAUGCAUGUGGGUGGCAGGAGCCCAAGCACUGGGGCCAUCCUCUGCUGCUUUUGCAGGCCCAUUAGCAGGGAGCUGGAUCAGAGGUGGUGCCUAUGGGAUGCUGGCAUUACAGGCGGCAGCUUACCCUGCUGAGCCACAAUGCUGGCCCCCAGCACAGUUUAGUGUUAGAUGAUUCAGUAGGCAUUUCAGGAUCUUCUUUUAUCUUGCCCUUUAUGUGAAAGAAGCUAUGGUAUAGUGUUUAAGAGGACAGACUUCAGACCUGGUUACCUCUCUUUAAAUCUCAGUGCAGCUGCUUAUAGCACUGGGAUCUUUGGGGUAAGUUACUUUGUCUCUAAGUUUCCUUCUAUAUUAAAUAGGAAUCAUACUAGUUCCUACUUCAGAGGGGUGUCAUGAGGACAAAAUAGAAACUGCCAGGUACACUGAGAAUUACUCUAGUGUUAGCUGUUACUGGGAGCAUCAAAACCUUGUACCACUACAGUCUAGGUAUAGAAGAGAUAUAAUACUGGACUGUGUAUUAGCUGGAUUUUUGUCACUGUAGUGGGAUAUCUGAGACAGGCUCAGAAGAAAAGGAGUGUCGCUCCCCCUCUUCGUGGAGGAACGACACAGGACCCUGCGCUGUUCUUUUGUCUGCUUGGCCCUUCCCGGGUUUGCUGCUGGUUCUUCCCAGGUUGGCUACUGUCCCACCUCCGUGGAAGGGCGGUUCCCCCUGCCACUUUCCCCACUUCCGCGGGGGAGCGGCACACCGCCAGCCGGCUCUCUCGGGGGCUACUCAGGUGUUCCUUCAGAUAGAUGUUCCUGGUGCAUGUCGUCUCUCUCCUCCUUUAUAGUCCUCUUCCACCAAUCCCAACUCUGCUACCCACACGCCGAGUACGCUGCUCUCCUCCAAAUCAGGAGCAGGAUCAGCUCCUGCAGGCCAUCACUCAAGUUGGCGAGAGGCAGCUGUGUAGAAGUUGUUACUUCUCUCCCAGCGCCAUAUUGUGGGAGAGCAGAUGCAUAGAAUAAGUCUUAAUUCCAGUAACAGUCUAGUCCGAGUUGCUUCCCACAAAGGAGAUGUUUUUAUCUCACAGUUUUUGAGGUUUAAGGGCAUGGUACCUGCAUUGACUGAGUUCUGGUGAGGGCUCCUCCCUGGGCUAUGACACAUCAUGACACAUGGCAGUCGGGGGAGUGUGUGUAGGAGCAAGAUUACAUCUGCGUACCAGGAAGGAGAGAGGGCUGGAGGGGCCAGGCCUGUUCUUCCUCCUCUCACCUCAGAUUGGGGUUGUAAGGUACAUGCCUCCAUCCUUCUUCAGAGGUGUUGUGAAGAUGAAUAGAAGAUGUGUCUCGGGGCUGGCGCUGUGGCAUAGUGAGUAAAGCUGCCGCCUGUGGUGCUGGCAUCCUAUAUGGGCACUGGUAUGAGUCCUGGCUGCUCCACUUCUGAUCCAGCUCUCUGCUAUGGCCUGGGAAAGCAGUACGAGAUAGCCCAAGUCCUUGGGCCCCUGCACCCAUGUGGGAGGCCUGGAAGAAGCUCCUGGCUCCUGGCUUUGGAUCAGCGCAGCUCUGGCUGUUGCAGCCAACUGGGGAGUGAACCAAUGGUUGGAAGACCUCUCUCUCUGCCUCUCCUUCUCUCUCUGUGUAACUCUGACUUUCAAAUAAAUAAAUAAAUCUUAAAAAAAGAAGAUGUAUCUGUUUGCAAAAUGGUUUCUGUGAUAAACAUUUUAAGUAUUCCUUGAGGAAAGGUGACGUUUGAGAAAGCUGUAGAUUCUUGGUAUUUUCUUGAGACAAAAAUGGUUGCUUGUAGCUUUCAGAAUCUUCUUUAGGCAGAUGAUUCUGAACCACUUAAAACUGCACAUGCUGAAAUAAAAUUGCAUUGUAAGGGGCUGGCGCUGUGGCACAGCGGGUAAGGCUGCUGCCUGCAGUGCCAGCUCCCGUGUGGGCGCUGGUUUGGGUUCUGGCUGCUUCACUUCUGAUCCAGUUCUCUACUAUGAGCUGUGAAAGCAGUGGAGGAUGGCCCAGUGCUUUGGCUCCUGCACCUGCGUGGGAGGCCUGGAGGAAGCUCCUGGCUCCUGGCUUCAGAUCAGCACAGCUCCUGCUAUUACAGCCAAUUGGGGAGUGAACUGGUGGAUGGAAGACUUCUCUCUCUCUCUCUCUCUCUCUCUGCCUCUGCCUCUGUAACUCUGCCUUUCAAAAGUUUCAAGAAGAUUUAUUUAUUUAUAAAAUCUUUAAAAUUAAAUUGCAAAGUGGAAUUGAGUGAUAAUGUGUUUAUGUGUGUCUCUUGAAAUGAUAUAAAAGCAGGAAUGCUUGCUUACUUAUAUCGUUACUCUGGUGAUCAGUAUAUGUAGGCACUGAAUAUGUAUUUAUUUUUAAAAAGAUUUAUUAAUUUAUUUAAAGAUUUACUUUAUUAUUUGAAAGAGAGUUGCAGAGAGACAGAGACAGAGAGAGAGAUUGAGAUCUUUCGUCUGCUGGUUUACUCCCCAAAUGGCAGCAGUUGCUGGAGUUGGGCCAAUCCGAAGCCAGGAGCCAGGGCCUUCUUUCUGGUCUCCCAAGUUGGUGAAGGGUCCCAAGAACUUGGGCCAUUUUCCACUGCUUUCCCAGGCCAUUGUUGGAACUGGAUCAGAAGUGGAGCAGCUGAGACUCAUACCGACACUCAUAUGGGAUACUGGCACCACAGGUGGAGGCUUAACCUACUAUGCCACAGUGCUGGCUCCUUAUUUACUUAUUUUUGAGGAUUUAUUUAUUUGAAAGGCAGAAUUACGCACAGAGAGGGGGAGAGAGAGGGGGGGGGAGAGAGAGAGAGAGAGGGAGAGAGAGAGAGAGAGAGAGAGAGAGGGAGAGGGAGAGGUAUCUUCUAUCUGCUGGUUACUUCUCAGAUGGCUGCAAUGGCCAGAGAUGGGCCAGGCUUUCUGGGUCUCCCACGUGGUUGCAGGGUUCCAAAGGCAUGGGCCACCUUGUACUGCUUUCCCAGGUGCAUAAGCAGGGAGCUGGAUGGGAAGUGGAGCAGCUGGGACUUGAACUGGUGCCCAUUUGGGAUUUCAGGAUUGCAGGCAGCAGCUUAACUGGCUCCAGUGUGCAUUUAUUGAUAGAUACUUUCCAAAUGGUCAAAGGUCCAUAACAGAGACCAUUUGUUCUUAUAUUUCAUGAUACUUUUUGUGAUGGUUUUUAUAGGGAGAUAGCCAGGAUAGGAUUAAAUAUGGGUUCAAACAGUUUAAGACCAAUAUCAGAAGGAAAAAAUAUACAAUUUACGUAAAACACCUUAAGUUAUAAGAAUUGAAUUAAAAUGGAUAACUUCAAUGGUGGGUUCUACUCUCCUAUCUCUUCCCUCUCCCAUUUUGCUAUUGAUGUCACAGAUCAUAUUUUUAUAUUGUGUAUCUGUUGGUGUGGAUUUAUAGUUUUUAAUGGUUUUGUGUUUUUUAUAUUCUGUAUUUUAUAUUCUGCUUUAAAGUGAUUUAUAUGCUGACAUUACAAUACUGCAGAAUUGUA